GUGAUUGGCUGUGCUCACGCUGCUGCUGAUGUGGUGUUCCGAAGAUAGCAAACCUGGUCGGCCGAUUCAUACGGAUUCUUCGGUAGAACAGUAACUUUGCUGUGGAAAAAUAAUGCCUUACUAUCAAACUUGGGAGGAGUUCGCCCGUGCAGCAGAAAAACUGUAUCUAACAGAUCCCAUGAAGGUCAGGGUGGUUCUCAAGUACAGACACUGCGACGGUAACCUCUGCAUUAAAGUGACCGACAAUGCCGUGUGUUUACAGUACAAGACAGACCAGGCCCAAGACGUGAAGAAGAUUGAAAAACUCCACGGAAAACUGAUGAGACUCAUGGUGUCCAAGGAGACGCACAGUGGUGCCAUGGAGACAGAUUAAAAUGCUCUGGAAGCACUGACCUUCUAGAGGACCUGGACUGAGUUCAGUGGACACAGUGAUUGUUGAGAGCACAGUACCAUCGGAGUACAAUGUGGAGUCUGAGAGCUGGGCGGUGGUGAAGAGGGAUUGCGGUGAUGUUGAUCUGGCCACCUACAGUGAUUUAAUACUGUCAGAGAUGUGAUAUAUAAACUGUAUAUAUUUUAUUCUCUCAGGAUUUUUUUUUUUAAUGAUACAUUCUUAGUUAUUAAAAAUCCCACCAUCCUGAUUUUUCUUGUCAGGCAUUAUUAUCACAUCCUUGAUGGUAUUAAUAUAAAGAAAAGUAGGCUGCUGGGAAAUUUUAGGCAAUAUAGACAUGGGAAAGUUGGGAGAAUGGGACAAAAUGUACAAGGACUACAAAUCCCAUGUUGUCUGAGACGUUUUGGUACCUUGAUGUGUUUAGAGGAGUUUGCCUUUAUUAUUAGUUUUAAAGGGGAUGAAAAGGUCAGGCACUGAAGCCACUGCAUGUCUUGUCUAUGUUGCAAUUUUUGUUUUUCUUCAUGGACUUGUGCCACAUGAAUGAAGCAGGGCCUUCUGAUUUCCCAACAACAGUGUGGAGAAUCCCCCACGCCUCCAAAUGCCAUUUCCUUUACUGAGAAUAAUUGCGUUACAUGUUCAAUAAAUGUUUAUUUACCCCAUUACAA